AUGGGUGGCGUUCCGUCGAAAACCUUCAACCCUGUAGAGGAUCUUCCUAGUCUAUCUGGGAAAGUGGUGGUAGUAACUGGCUCUAGUAAAGGCAUAGGCUUCGCUAUAUUGCAGCACUUUGCGAGGAUGGGUGCAAAGGUGUACAUGGCUGCUCGAGAUGAAACCAGAGCGAAAGAAGCCAUCGAACGACUUGACAAAGAAGGACGCGAAUCUGGUCUCGGGGAAGUCAUUUGGCAUCAGCUCGACCUCAAAGAUCCUCAUUCUGCAAAGGAAUCGGCAGAACGCUUCAUUGCUCGGGAAAAGAGACUUGACAUCUUGGUAAACAACGCAGCAAUGAUUGCCAGCCUCGGAAAGGUCCAAGAGAAUGCAGAUGGGAUUGUGGAGAGCAUGGCAGUCAACUACCUAGGACCCUACGUAUUUACAAGAAGUCUUCUCCAGCUUCUCGAAUCAACAACCUCCCUGGAUGGGGCCGACGUGCGAAUAAUCAAUGUCGGAUCCGGUGGUCAUAGCCUUGUGAGCUACCUAGAAUACGGCUCCAAAGAGGCGUGGAACCAUCAAUUUAAAUGGUCUCUAGUGCCAUCCUUCGAGCGUUAUAAAUACUCAAAACUCGCCAUGCAUCUGUGGACGAAUGACUUGGCGCGACGCCUUUCUGAAGAAAAAUCCAAAGUAAUGGUACUAAUCACGCAACCAGGUGCCAUCCUAAGUGAUGGCACUAUUCAAUCCCUGAAAGGUCUUCCGUAUCCUCCGUUUUGGAUCUGGCUGGCAGGGCUGCUGAUGCAUCCUCAGACCACAGGAGCAUAUACAUCAGUUUUCGCAGCUUGUGCACCGCGCGAUAACCCGGAAAUAUCCCAGGGUGCCUAUAUCUACCCUCCGAACAUUGCGAUAGCGCAAGCGCCAGCCGCUUUGGAUGAGGAUAGACAACGGAAGUUGGUCGAUUUCACUGAGGAGUUCUUGAAGAGCAUUGGAGUUUAG